AUGUUUCAGUAUCAUUUGAGGUAUAAUCACCUUGGUACCGCUAUUAGCCGAGGAUUCAGGGUUCGAUUAACUAGAACUUUAGUCACCAACGACUCAAUCAAAUUACCAUUCCCGAAGAUAAAAUCACAGUUAGUAAACUCUAUCCAACUAAGGAAACCCUUAGAUGCUGAGUUUAAGAAGGAGUUUAGAGACUAUUGGAAAAGUUUCCCUGAUUGGUAUCUCAGUGCUAAAGACCCGACUGCAAGUACAAUAAUUGACAAUAUCGACUUUAAUACCUUCCUGACAUUUAUUACUGAUACUUGCAAAGAAUCAUCGACAUCAAGAGGUCUUUAUAGAAGAGAAAUGAUAUUCCAUUGUAGAGAUAAUUUGAAAUUGGUACAACAAUUAAAAGAUUCCUUAAUAUCUUCAAAACCCAUUUUUACAAAUCAGUUACAAGUCUUACAUUGGUGUGUGGAUGAUUCAUUGCGUUCUAGUGAUGUGGUAAUCGCAGCUGAUCUCUUUCUACUGUAUUACAAACUUUAUCCAUCCGAAAAACUAGACAAAGAAUAUGCUGCAAAGAUAAUAUCAGCCCUUUCAUUUGCUAAUCCAUUAUAUGAUCAUAUCUAUAUUAUAAAAUACCUAGAAUUAUCACAACUAUUUGAAACAAGGCAUGAAUCUCUGGUGUUAACUUCACGGCAAACAUCUAUUUUCACAAACAAAGCAUUAUCGAUAGGGAAUUCUCCAGUUCUUUCUCAUCGAGCUAUGGAGAGAAUACUGGAUUCUACUUUUUUGUUGAAUGGUAAGCUACGAGAUGAUCAAAUACGGACAGCUUAUAAAUUAAUAUCUGAGAAUUAUAAAAUCAAUAAUCCAACGGGUAUAUUCUUUACUUGGCUAAAGAUAAAAGACCAUUACUCUAAUUUAGAAGAUCAUGGAAGAGGGAUCUUGUAUAUGAUAUUCAAAUCUUGCACCCAAAAUAGAAGUUAUAGAAUGGUGUGUAAGGAAAUGUUAAGCCGAUUAUCACCUCAAUUCUAUUGCAAUGAUCCAUUAUUACUUCCUAGCAUCAUAGAUUAUUGCACCACCAUUCGUUCAUUAAAUUCCACCAAAACAUUAAUGGAAGAUAUAAACAAAUAUACAUUAACCGAAAAUUAUCAAAUUAUUUGGUUUACAAGGAGAUGUUUGUCCUCCUUAUUAAAAAUGCAUCUACAAUUUAAUGAUGCCGAUGGUGUAGACAGAACUUUGAAACAAAUAAAUGAGAAAUUCGGUGAUCAUUCUCAAGAAAACUAUGUAGCACUUGUGUCAUAUUUUUUGAACACUGAAAAAUUGGAAAACAUAGCGAGAGCCUUAAAACUCGUUAAUAGUAUUCCACAAAAGAAUGCGCUGUUAUCAUAUGGAAUAAUAAUAAACAAACUUAUAGACUGGCAAAUUGCUAAAAAAAGAAUUUUUACUAAGAAUGCAAGUUCUAUAAUAAAUGAUUUAUUAUCUAAGGCCCACUCCCAGGAUCCACAGCAUCAUAGUUCAUUGUGGAAUGUUGUGGCAGCUUUAUAUUUUAAACGAUUACUGAAUCUAGAAAAAAUAACUGGUGAUGAAAAAAAUACAAAAAUAGUGAAUCAGACUAGUGCUAAUAAGAAUGAUUCAAAGGAUAAGAAUAUAUUUGACGUUUCCAAUUUAGUCGUUGCCAAAUAUGUUUACUUGAAUUGUCAGAAGUCCGAGAUUUCAUAUAUGGAGAUAGAUGUCAAUCCGUUUAGUAACCCAAAUCCGCAGAACGUCAAAUUAAAAAUAACAAAAGGAAAUAAUUCUAUCAUCUUAAAAAAUAUUGCAAUGGUAGCUAUUCAACAAAGACAGAAAGACAUUUUCCUAUGGUGUUGUUCUGAAUUAUAUAAAACUGGGAUAUCGAGCAAGGGAUUAAAAGCGCAUUGGAAUCUUACUUUAAAACAUCAAGUUAGGAGGAAUAACUUUGAGAGUAACACAAACUUUGAUAAUAUUCUAUCCACGCAUGGGAAGCGAUUUAUUAAAUAUUCAAUUAAAUAG